AUGGCAACUUCGAAUAAAAAAAGCUCAGUAUCUCAUGAUGUUAGUACAGAUUCAGAUGAUUCAGAUUGUGCAAAAGAUUGUUCAGAUUCAAAUAAUAAUGAAACUCCAUCAUCAUCAUCGUCAUCGAAACAUCGAGGAAAUAAACGAAUCAAUAAUAAAAUGAAACCAUGUCUUGUAAAUAAAACAUCAACUAGUGAUGAAGAACUACAAUCUAAUGAAUCAAAUCCUAUAAUAUCAAAUACAGGACGUUCAAAUGAACAACCUACACAUGGGAUUCUUAAAGUUCCUAGUGGUUCAACAAGUCCUGAAUUACAAAUACCAAAUCCUCCAAUAAAACUUAUAAAAAUAAAAAAUAAAUCGAAAUCUGUAUCUCCUAUUCCAAUAAAUAAUCAUAAUAAUAGUUCAUCUGUUAUCAUUGGUGCUUCAACUCAUCAACAUCAUCGUAAUCGUUCAUCAAAUCAAAAUAAAAUCUCAAUAAAUAAAAAACUUCAAGAACAAACAAUCGUUUCAGGAUCCACAACAAAUAAUCCUGAUCGUGUUACACUUGUUGUUGAUGAAACAAGAUUUGUUAUUGAUCCACAAUUAUUUCGUGCACAUCCAAAUACUAUGCUUGGUAGAAUGUUUAGUACAUCAUGGGAAACAUCACUUAUAGCUAAUGAACGUGGAGAAUAUGAACUAGCUAAUGGAAUAUCAUCAACGAUAUUUCGAGCUUUAUUAGAUUUUUAUAGUAUUGGAAUAAUACGUUGUCCACCAUCUGUUAGUAUACAAGAUUUACGUGAAGCAUGUGAUUAUUUUCUUAUACCAUUUGAUCAAUUAACAAUUCAAUGUCAAGAUUUAUGUGGAUUACUACAUGAAUUAUCAAAUGAUGGUGCAAAAAAACAAUUUGAAAUGUUUCUUGAAAAUGAUAUUUAUCCUGUGCUUGUUGAAUCUGCUCAACGUGGUGAUCGUGAAUGUCAAAUAGUGAUUUUAUGUGAUGAUGAUCUUAUCGAAUGGGAUGAUGAUUAUCCACCGCAACUUGGACAGGAAGAAGAUAAAGCUCAAAUUAUCCGUUCAACUGCAAUGUAUCGAUUUUUUAAAUAUAUUGAAAAUCGUGAAGUCGCUAAAUUGGUGCUAAAAGAUCGUGGUUUAAAAAAGAUUCGAAUGGGUAUUGAAGGUUAUCCAACACAUAAAGAAAAAGUUCGUUGUCGUCCACGUGCAAGACCAGAAGCUAUAUAUAGUUAUAUUCAACGACCAUUUCUUCGUAUGUCAUGGGAAAAAGAAGAAGCUAAAUCACGUCAUGUUGAUUUUCAAUGUGUACGUAGUCGAUCAGUAAAUAGUUUAAUUGAUGCAAAUGAUGAUCAAAGUUCUGGCAAUGCAGUACUUCUUCAAUUUCUUGAAUCGACACAAAAUCAAAUUAUCCCACCACCACCGUCACCAAGAGAACUAUUUCCAGCAUUAGGACCAUUUUCUUCAUCAGGACUUCAGGGUGAUACAUCAUUUACAGACUAA